UCAUAUAAGUUUGAAAAUCAUCAAAAUGUCUAUACUACCUAAUCUAUAUACGUACAAGAUAAUAAUUCAUCAUAUUCAAUUAUACAAAUUUUCGAAAUCAACAUUCUAUCAAUGAAAACAAAAAAAAUUCUAGAGAUUAAAUAUGAACUCUAAAUUAUGUAUGUGAGAUUAGAAAAAACAGAACGUAUCGCUUCGGAAGCUGUGGUCACAAAUACUUAAGGAGAAGACGCGAAAGACGAAAGGAGGUGGGAAAAUUAAAUCGAGAAAGAGAAAGAAAGAAAUAGAGAGAGAGAGAGAGACAGAGGGAGGGAGAAAGAGGAAAGAGCGUUAGAUAAAGACAGUAAAUCGUGUAUACUCUCGUAAAGGGCGCAUACGUGGUCAGAGUUCGUCAGUCUCGAUCGGUCUUCGAGUAAAAGAGGGUUACACGUUGUUUGUGCUAUUAUUUUCUUGUCUCGAGAGCCUAUUCAGGUUUUAUGAUCUUAACGAGGAAUAAAAAAAGAAAUUAAAUAAAAAUAAAUUGAGAAUAACGAUAUCGAAAAGAAAAAAAAAAAAUACAUUUCAACCUCAUUAGAACUCGAUAUUUUACCGUGAAAAAGAAAUAAAAAUGACGGAGUAUUGGAAUAUUAUUUUUAAACGUUUGCGUUAUCAACGUAACGAAGUUAACAUCAAUAAAAUAUUUAUAAGAAAUUUGCAAGAGAUACGAUCGACCGAUUUUCAUUUCAAUGAAGAAUACAUGUUUUUCAUGUGAUAGUGUUCGCAACGUGUAAUCCUAUUUAUAUGUAUGUAUACGUGCGCAUGUGUGUGUAUCUAAUCAUCGAACUCAUUAAGAGGGGUCGUUAUUCUAUGAUCCAUAGGCAACUGCUCGCAAAUAAGUAAGCGUACUUUGCGAUUAAUGGACUUGUUGAAGGAAUCAACGCAAAAGUGUAUGUGUGUGGAUGUGUGUAUGUGCGUACGUAUGUGUUCAUUUCAUUUGAAUUUUUGAAAUGUGUUGAAAAAGAUGCAAAGAAAAAGAAAUUUCUUGAAAAAAAAGAAUUAAAAGAAGAAGAAGAAGAAGAAGAAGAAUAUGGCUAACUCUUCGUCGAUUAACAUCAGCUUCAAUGACGAGCAUGGAAUCGAAGCUUUUAAACAUUAUUCUCGAUCGGCUACUAUCGCCGCUGCCAUUUGUGCGAUAAUCUUCAGUAUUGUCGGUAUACUAGGUAAUUUGGUGACAGUAAUCGCGCUACUGAAGUAUACGAGACUAAGGCGACACGCUACAACGGCAUUCGUGAUAAGUCUUAGCGUCUCCGAUCUAAUUUUCUCUGCUGUGAAUUUGCCGUUGACAGCUAGCAGAUAUUUAAACGAAGCUUGGGUCCUCGGUGAUACUCUUUGCCAAAUCUUCCCACUUUUCUUUUAUGGAAACGUUGCUGUUUCGUUAUUGAGUAUGGUUGCGAUUACAAUCAACAGAUAUGUACUCAUAUCAAGAUCGGAUAUCUACGCUGUUAUAUACACCACCCGGGGUAUCGUAUUGAUGUUGAUCGCCAUAUGGACCCUUAGUUUCUCCCUUUUGAUACCACCUUUGGUAGGCAUCUGGGGUACUCUCGGAUUAGAUUCAAAGACCUUCUCUUGUACGAUUUUAAAGAAGAAUGGUUCGAGUCCAAAAAAAGUGCUCUUUGUUCUCGGCUUUAUCGUACCCUGCGUUGUGAUCAGCGUUUCUUAUCUUUGUAUUUACUGGCGCGUAAGAAAGAGCCGAAAGAAUUUGGAAGCACAUGCUACUGGAGGAAGACGAAAAACUGGUGGAUUUCAAAGAAGAGAAGACUCCAGAGUGACGAGACUCAUGUUGAUUAUAUUCUUGUGUUUCUUAACGUGUUUCAUGCCAUUGAUGUUAGCAAACGUAAUCGACGACAAAGUCAGAAUUCCUAUCUUACAUGUGAUCGCUUCGAUAUUAGCUUGGGCAUCCUCCGUUAUAAAUCCUUUUAUAUACGCUGGUACCAACAAAUUGUAUAGAGAAGCUUACAAACAAGUCUUAUGUCCUGUCUCAAGCAAAAUACCAACGACUGGUCCAAAACCAACGCACUCGCACUCCAGCAAAAUUUCUUCCCCUCCAUUGACGUGACUAAUAUCGUAAACUCGACUGCACGUUUGCGUCAAUUAAUUUUUUUGCUUUUAAGUUAUAAUUAGAACGAACGAAUUUAAUUAUUUAAAUAAUUGUGAAAAUAUUACGUUAUAGAUAGAUCGAUAUACUAUAGUGUGUGAUUUAGUUGUUUUUUUUUUUUUUUGAAUGGUUCCGUUUAAAUGCCAAUUAUUUUUAUAUUUGUAUUAUCUUAAAAUAGAUUUGUACCAUACAGAUUUAUUUUGUAAAGUAUCAGCGCUUUGCAUAUAUAUUAUGAAUAUCGAUCUUGUAUAUAAUAUUAUAAAACAAAAAUACUUUUUUUUUAUUUUUAUAGUACAUUUGGAAUGUUCGAGUAGAGAGUAUAUAUAAUAUAUUAUGGUAAAUAUAGUAAUGCUAUUAUUUACCUAGCGAAAUAUGGACGGAAAUUGUAGUUAUAAAUUUGUAUAAAAAAAGAAAACAUCCAUUAAAAAAAAGAUACAAAUCCAAUAUACAUUAAAAAUAUUGAAUAAAAUUAAAUAUUAUCUAAUCUAGAGUAUAUAAAUGGUAACUGCAUAUGGUGUAUAAAAAGCUUAAUUUACGAACACCUUGUAAAUAUAAAUAGUAGAUAUGGUGCAAUAGAUAUCAGCACGAUUUACUGUUUACUAAUGUAACAAUAAAUCAAUUACUUAUUGUACUUACACUUAA